GCAGCAGCAGCAGUCAAAGUAUCAGAACAGAGUGGAGCAGCAGUCAACGACGUUGACUCCACGGUUCGUUUAGAACCAUUAAUUGAUUGGCGGCGUGCGCGCAAAGAACUCCAACAGACAGCGCCAGGCAAUUGGUCACACGCCUCAUCCAAGAAACCCAAGGAACAGACACACACACACACAUCUACAUUCACCAUGAAGGACCAAGAGGAGCCAUCGUUUCGCAGUCCAGUGAUCUGCAAGGAUAUGGACCACACCAAGGCAAAGGAGCAUAGUAGAAAGCCUCUGGGCGAGAGCCACAAGGCUGUGUUGCGACAGAAGCUGAUGGUAUUUCUGGGCAACAGCGGAGUGCUCGGCUCGGGCAUGGUCAUCAGCAUGCCAUCGGUGACGCUCAGCCAGCUACAUGACGAGAGCCAGCCCUUCUGGCUGAACAAGGACGAGUCCAGCUGGUUCGCUUCCAUCAACAACAUGGCCUGUCCCUUGGGCGGGCUUCUGGUCAGCUAUUUCAUGGACCGCAUUGGACGCAAAUAUACCAUUCUGCUGACCAAUCUGCUGGGCCUGCUUGGCUGGCUGCUGCUGGCCACCAGCUUUUUGCACUCUGACCGCGACUUGAUCUAUGCCCAGAUGCUGGUGGGUCGGGCCCUGGGCGGCAUAAUGAUCGGCAUGUUCGUGUCACCAGUGGGCGUGUACUCGGCCGAGAUCAGCCUGCCACGGAUACGGGGAAGACUCAUAUUGGGCACCUCCAUUGGCCUCGCCAGCGGCAUCUUGCUGAUGUACGUGCUGGGUUACUUCAUACGCAGCAACAUUGUGCUCAUCUCGACGAUUAGCUGCUGCUACCAGCUGGCGGCCACUCUCCUGGUCUUCCCCAUGCCGGAGUCACCUAGCUGGCUGCUGACCAAGGGACGCGACGAGCGGGCCAGGAAAUCACUGAGAUACUUCCGGGGCCUGACAAAGAAAGAGGACGACUACGUGCCGGAGUUCGAGGACGAGCUGGCGCACAUGAAGGCGACAGCCGAGAAUAGCCGGAAUACGGCUGCCAGCGAAUCGCUCAGCCAGGUCAUUCGGCGUCCAGAGGUAUACAAGCCGGUUCUGAUGCUGACCGCCUUUUUUGGCUUUCAGCAGGCCUGCGGCGUGGUCGUCAUCAUCGUGUAUGCCGUUCAGAUUGCCCAGAGGGCCGGCGUCUCCAUUGAUCCCGUGCUGGUGGCCGUCAUGCUGGGCGUUGCCCGCAUCAUCACGACAUUUUUCAUGAGCACCAUCUUCGAGAAGUGGGGCCGUAAGCCGUCCGGCAUCUUCUCCGCCUCGGGCAUGGGCCUCUGUAUGCUGCUGCUGGCCGCCGGCGGCUGGCUGCCGGAUACGGUGGGCACCUGGCACUGGCUGCCCGUUGUGUGUAUCGUUGCACACAUCGUCUUCUCCACAAUGGGCAUGCUGACGCUGCCGUUCUUCAUGAUCUCCGAGGUGUUCCCGCAGCGGGCACGCGGCAGUGCCUCUGGCAUUGCCGUCUUCUUUGGCAUGAUCCUCGCGUUCAUCAUGCUGAAAAUCUAUCCGAAUAUGGAGGAUGCCAUGGGCCCUGCCAAUCUGUUUGCCUUCUAUGCGUUCAUCUCGUUCCUGGCGGCCGGCUUCAUCGGCUUCUUUGUACCGGAGACGCGGGGUCGCACCCUCGAGGAGCUGGAGGAGCACUGGCGGACGGGUAAAUUCACCCGCCGACUCACUCUCAACAACCUAAAGGAGGUGGAGCUGCACGAGCUCUUCCUGAAGAAGUAAUAGUUAAGUGAAAUUUAUCAGUGUGGAGUAUUCAAUCUGUGAUGUGUCAAGUACUUAGCCUUGGCAAGCAAUGGAAUGCGGCCCAAACGAAUCAAUCGGGGAAAACACAAACCAUUUACAAAACCGAUAUCAAUAUCAAUAAACUAAAUAAACAGACGAACCAAGCCGUAA